CCAAGUCCAUGUGUUAGAGAUCCCAAUGACCCAGCGAAUUAUACCGGUAAAACUUUAUCAGACGAACAAAAGCUUGAGCUUCUAACCGUAAAGUUUAGCUUUCCUCACGGAUUCAAGUUUCCGACAACAGCCGGAAGGCGUUUCCAACUAUCAUGGAUGGAGAAGCGGCCAUGGCUGCGUUACAGCAUUAGAAAUGACACAGCUCACUGUAUCUAUUGUAUAUGUUUUUCCAACAAUACUGUUCCAAAUGAAUCGCCAUUUAUCUCAAAAGGCUUCAAAAACUGGAAGAAAGCAGGUGAUGAGCGCCUUGACACCCAUGCGCGCAGUGAAGAACACCAACUUUCAGAGGAAAAGAUGACUAACUUCCUUAAGACACGCCGCCCAGGCAAUGACGUCAGUGCAAGACUACAAAGACAGGCAGCCGAGCAACAGCAUCGCACAAUGAAAGGCGUCGUGUCUAUUAUUGAUGUAGUCAUUGCAUUAGGACAGAGGGGCAUUCCAUUAAGAGGCAAUUGGGAUCCCUCUAAAAGAAAUGAAGAUGGGAAUUUCUCCUUCUUUGUUGACUGGAAAUCCAAAUAUGAUCCAGAACUCAAAGACCAUUUGGAUCAUGCUUCCGGUAAUGCUAAGUACACGUCUCCGAGGAUUCAGAACGAAAUAAUCAAUUUGUGCGACACUUUCAUUAGAAACCGUGUCCGAGCAUCAAUACCAAAGUAUUGGAGUGUAAUGGCCGACGAAACGCAAGAUUGUUCUACAACUGAACAACUCAGUAUAUGUGUGCGAUAUCUGAGCAGUAAAAAUGAAGUUUGUGAAGAAUUUAUUGGAUUCGUAAGGCUUGAAAAAUUGGAUGCCCAGACCAUUGUGGAUACCUUGUUACACGCACUACAAGAAUGGGGCUUUAAUAUGUCCGGCCUAGUUGGCCAAGGAUAUGAUGGAGCAAGCGUCAUGAGUUCAAGUAGGAAUGGGGCAUAG